AUGUCGAAUUUGAAAGCGCUCCUGCUGGUUCUGGUCUUCUUUUCGCUGUUGCAGCUUGGCCGUGUCGCCGGGUCUUGGCGACUGGACGAGCGCCGAAAAGUGAUGGAAGUCAUUUCGGCCCUCAAAGAACCCAAAUGUCCGGCGAUUGUCGUCGUUUUCGACUCCUCCGCCCAACCGGAUGACGCCGAUGCCAACGAUUUCCUGGUCGAAAUGCUCGUCAAAGACUACCCCUAUCCUCUGACGCUAUUGGAGACCUCGUCCAGUGGCAGUCUCGACAUUAGGCCGAAAAGUGAACUGGUGUGCUCUAACGUCGUCAUCGUUUCCGACCAACCCAGGAAAUUGCAAUCGCUUUAUCGCCAAGUCAAAGAUCUUUAUUACGUUCACACUGCGCUGGUCGUCCUUACACAGGGAACAACUCGGGAGAUGGAAGCUGUCAUAGUCGACGCCAAGAAUGAAAAUUUAUUCGCCGUUUUGGAGAGACCCGGGCGGAUGGUCGAGAUCCGUUUUUGGACGGUCAACGAUGUCGUCCAUUCGAUCGUGUUGAAACCUCGUCAGACUGUUAACCGGAAGGAUCUGCUGCUCAACUUCAAAGGGAAAUUGAAAGGUCGGAAGUUGAAAGUUGCCGCCAUCGAUAGCCGUCCGGCUUCUAUCAUCGACGACCAAACUUCGGCCAUCACCGGAGUGGAGCCGGCCCUCGUCCAGCUCAUGUCGCAGCAUUUGGGUUUCACCUACGACUACGUGCAGGCCCUGCCCAACGAGAUGUGGGGCGACGUCGUCACCCUGGACAACGGCACUUUGAUUUUAACCGGACUUCUGGGCAUUCUGGGACGGAAAGAGGCCGACAUGGCCGUCGGCAAUUUCUAUCUCCUCCUCAAAAGAAAAGAGUUCAUCGAUUACUCGGCCAUCUACAAGUUCAGUUACGAAUCGUUUCUCGUCCCGGCUCCACAGCCCUACCCCAAAUGGACGGCUCUCUUCUACCCGUUCACUGUGGCCACCUGGACGGCCACUAUCGUCUCCACCGCCACGAUAACCGUCAUGCUGCGCUUCGUGGCCAGCUGGCAGCAGUCGAUUUCGUCGUCGCGUGAAAAUUACGUUUUUGCCAGUUUGCCAUUCUGUUGCCUUUACGUCAUUGGCAAUUUGAUGAACGUCCAGGUGCAGCCGCAGACCAUAAACUCCAACGCCAAUCGAAUUUUCCUCAUCUGGUGGCUGUUCGGGACGCUCAUCCUGACGACCGGCUACCGUUCGGGACUGAUAUCUCACAUGACCUUUCCCUUCACGCCGCCGCCGAUCGACACGUUCCAGCAGCUGGUGGACAGUCCGCUGAAGAAAACGAGUUUCGGCGAUUUCAUGAAGGAGAACCUGCUGAACGCCACCUCGGAGACGGAGAGAAUCCUGGGAAAGGAGAUCAUCGCCAGCUACAAUUUCACGGCCAUGUUCGUGCAGGUGGACUCCGGCCUGUGGGCCGCCGAGUCCAACGUCGAGAACAUUCUCUACAUGGCGGCCACCAUGUACCCGACGACGGCGGCCGGACCCAAAGUUCACUUGAUGAGGGACUCGAUCAUGCCGAGCGGAGUGGCCCUGGGUCUGCAGAAGAAUUCCCAGUUGAAGAAGUACGUUGACAAGGAAAUCCAGCGCUUGAUUGAGACCGGCCUGGUCGACUAUCACCGGCUGCAGUUCGCCAAGAACAUGGACAAAUGGAAUCCGAAGACAAAUAAUAACAAUUUGAUUUCCUUUUCCCUGGACAAUCUCCAGGGCGGAUUCUUUUUGCUACUGGUUGGCGUCCUCAUCUCCGCGAUGACUUUCGCCGGAGAACUGUUGUCAAACCGAAUGAAAAUGCGCCGAAUCUAA